UAUAUAAUACUCGAUCAGAAGCUAGCUUAAUUUUGUCCACCAGCUCUCUCUUGAUUAGUAGUUGCCAGCCACUGCAGUUGAGUCCUGUUCGGCAGAGGUGAACUGGGAAAAAUGGAAGAGGUGAAGAAUGGCACGGAAGGUAGCAGGGGUGGCCAUGAUCAUGUGAAGAAGGACGACAAUGUUGGAGAUCAGAUCAAUGAAAAGGUAGACUAUGUGUUCAAGGUGGUGGUGAUCGGAGACUCUGCGGUGGGCAAGUCUCAGAUACUGUCCAGGUUUACCAAGAAUGAGUUCUGCUUCGAUUCCAAAUCCACCAUUGGAGUCGAGUUCCAGACCAGGACUGCCAACAUCAACUCCAAAGUCGUCAAGGCCCAGAUCUGGGAUACUGCUGGCCAAGAAAGGUACCGAGCUGUGACGAGUGCAUACUACAGAGGUGCGCUGGGGGCCAUGUUGGUGUACGACAUUACCAAAAGGCAGUCAUUUGAUCAUGUAGCCAGAUGGGUGGAGGAACUGAGGGCUCAUGCAGAUAACUCCAUCGUCAUCGUGCUGGUCGGAAACAAAGCUGAUCUCGUGGACUUGAGGACCGUGCCGGCGGAGGACGCCUUGGAGUUUGCAGAAAACCAGGGCCUGUUAUUCUUUGAGACAUCAGCACUUAACGGUGACAAUGUGGACGCUGCGUUCUUUAAGCUCCUCGAGGAGAUACACAACGCGGUGUCCAAGAAGUGUUUGGAUAGCCGCGGCGCCGGUGGAAUCUGGGCCAAUGCCACCGACCAAGGUUCCUUCAAGGGAUUGAAAAUUGAUGUCAUUUCUAGUGCAGAAUUUGAAGUCAGUGAGAUGAAGAAAUCGUCCUCUUGUUCUUGCUAAAUAAUUUCAUGUUGCUGUACUUAACUGUCCGUAUAUUGAUUCUACUACUGCUACUACUUCACAAGGGAAUAUUGGAGGGAAAAGGAGAGAUCAUUUGAUGCAUUGCUCGAUCGUUUCAAGUGUUCUUUCUGUAGUUGAGUAUUCAAGUGUUCCGUUGCACUUGCAGCCGAGCCGCCUGUCAAGAGAUCUCCAUUAAAAUUAGAACCUCGCAUAUAAUUAAUUAUGAUCAGAACAAAGCUGAUAUUCAUACUUA